UUUAACUAGACUCUGCACGCAGGGUAGUAAUUGCAGCAGUGUCAAUUAUAGAAGCUAUACAUCUAGGCUAAGUUAACACAGAAGUUAAAGUUUAAAACAGAAUGACCUCGGGAUAACAUAAAAUCAUAAAAUAGCACAUUGACUCAAACAUCAAUAAAGAAGAACUUGGUCAUCAAACUUUUGCAUUUACCCGACCUGAUAUUAGUUUAUUGUUGAAGUUAAUGAAACUGUCCCGCCUGGUGUAAUGGUGCAAUAGUUGCGUGAAAAAGUGACCCUGUGACGUCAUGGAUAUGGACAUGGAAUGGGUUAUUGAUGAAAGUGAUAAAAGAAGUACUGAUUCGGUCCUCCGGAAGAUCUUUGCUGAUCUUUACAAAGCGUUUGACAAUGCAAAUACAAACGACGUGGAAUAUAUUUUGAAUACAUACGGACAAACCUUAUUGGAAGAUGAAAUUGGCUACCAUGGCAACGGAGUUGCCCAUCUUGCCGCCAUGUUUGAGUAUGAUUGUUUUGAUUGGAUAUUAAAGUCUGGCGGGGAUAUCAACGAGACAAGCGCAUUCUCCGGAUAUACCCCCUUGAUGAUUGCAGUCGUCAACAACAGCCAAUCGAUGGUAAAUACACUCCUUUGCCACGGUGUAAAUCUCGAAACCGUUGACAGAGAAGGACAUACUGCUCUUCAUCUCGCCAUCAUAUAUAAUCAGGUGGAGAUCGCGAAACUGCUGAUUUCGAAACAGAGUAAUCUAAACGUUCAGUCACGAGUGGGCCUAACUCCGCUUCAUUUAGCAGCUAUUCACAAGCAGGCGAUAACGACAAAACAUCUAAUUGACAAUGGUGCUCACGUUAAUGUCCUAGAUAGCAAUACAAAAUCUCCUCUCCAUCAUGCCACUGAAAGUGGUAGCUUGCCUAAUGUCAUUGCUCUUAUGAAAAAUGGAGCCAUGCAUAAUAUUUUUGAUAGUACCAACCAUUCGCCAUUAAUUUAUGCAAUCGAGCGUUCUCACGAUGACAUUAUGCAAUUUUUUAUUUCUUCUAAAGUCAAAGUCAACUUACGUGGUAAAUUAGGUAAGCAGCCUAUACACUAUGCAGCAAAAUUUGCCAACAGUUCUUGUUUAGCGACUCUCAUAGCAGCCGGGGCAGAUAUUCAUUCAUUGGAUAACAAUCAUAACGCCCCCUUGGCGAUAGCCGUCGCUCAAAAUAGACCAGACAACGUCAGGCUACUUCUCCACAACAAUGCCCAGAUAAACCAACAUAUAGGUACGUCAAUUUUGACCGUUGCUAUGGAAUCAAAUGCCGUUGACAUAGUGAUGAGUUUACUGCACGAGGGAUGCAAAUUUAGUGAAGAUGACAAGACGAACCUUUUCAACUUUAUAAACACUAAAGUAACUGAUCAGGAUUGUAAAACAAAUUUACUAGAUAUGAUUAUAAAUCCAGCUUCUUUAAAGCGUACAUGUAGACGGGUAAUCAGGGAUACUUUUACAGCAAAAACGAUAAACAAAUUAGAUGAACUUCCGCUUCCGACCGCCAUCUUACAAUAUAUUUAUCAAGUGCCAUAGAUCUAUCAUAUACUCCAGUGCGAAUAGGUCACUGUUAAAACAUAUGGAGGGGACAAAAACUCCGUCGACAGUUGGACCUAGAGUACUACACGUCUUGUAUGACGUCACUUGGAUUAUUGUCUCCAUGAGUUGGGUGCGACCGCAACUUUUUGAGCCUAUCCUCAGGCAUUUCGUCCAUGGCGCUGAGGAGAAGGGGACUCGGAAGAAAGAAGAACUACGUGAUAUUUGGAUAGAGGUGGACGUCAAGUGCAAGCUAUGGCAGCGAUUAAGACUUUGUUUUAGAUGUACGCACACUCCCCAUUGAAAUAAUCCUAGAAACGUCCCUGAUAUACAUCGUGGUAAGCCACGCCCUCUC